CAGAAGCGCGAGGACGUUACUGCCGGGGAGACUGUUGAUGUUUCCCGAAGACAGAAAAAAAUAACCCAGGAUGGACAUAGCGACGUGUUUAAAGUCUCUGCUGGUGGCCAUCCAGCAGUACAGAGACAGCAGGACCGUUCAGCACACUGCGCAGCUGCAGAAACAGGUGGAGGAGCUUUCCGCCCUGAAGUGUGACGGCCUGCUGUCCUCGGGUCAGUUUUUACCCACAGAGUGUGUGAGUGGACUGGUGGAGCUGGCAGGAAACCCGAGCACCAGCCCGGUUCUGACCAGCGGCAUCAUCUCCCUGCUGGCCCAGCUGGGGAACGAUGACGCCAGUCGGGAAGUUCUUCACAGCAGCUACAACCUGACCAGCACGCUGGCUGCUGUCAUCCAUCACUAUGGCAACACACCUGGGGAUCCUCUGGUGCUGCAGUGUCUCCAGGUGCUGCAGAAACUGACCUACAACACUCGCACCUUCCAGUUCUCAAACUACAUCCGCGAGCUCAUCAGUUUUCUCCUGACCAACAUCCAGUCGCAGAACGAGGACGUGGUCAUGCCGUGCCUCGGCCUGCUGGCCAAUCUGUGCCGGGACAACCCGUCAGUGCAGAGCCACAUCAAGUCCAUGGAGAACGUGAGGCAGCUGUACCGAACUCUGAUCAACUUCCUGGCUCACAACAGCCUGACGGUGGUGAUCUUCACGCUGUCCAUCCUGGCCAGCCUGACUCUGAAUGAGAAGGUUGGCGAGAAGCUUUUUGAGGCAAAGAACAUCCAUCAGACUUUCCAGCUGGUGUUCAACAUCAUCGUGAACGGCAGCGGCACGCUGACCAGGAAGUACGCCGUCGACCUCCUGAUCGACCUGCUGAAGAGCCCCAAAGUAGUCGAUUACCUGAGCAGGUAUCAGCACUUCUCAGCCUGCGUUUCUCAGGUUCUGGGGCUGCUGCACCUGAAAGACGCCGACUCUGCAGCCACGGUGCUGCAGCUCCUCCUGUCCAUGUGCAGCGUCGCUGCUCUGCGCUCGCAGCUCUGCGACGUCGUCUUCCGGCCAGUCAGCGCCAAACUCAGAGCGGCCGGCCACAGACAGGCGGGCGAGGCGAACGGGGGCCGGAAAGCCGAGUGUGGGCUGGCUCUGGUGCAGUGGCUCAGCUCGCCUGUGGAGGGCGCCGAGAAAUGCUCGCUGCAGACGCUGCAGCUGCUGACGGAGCUGCUGGAGGAGUCGCUGGGAGCGGAGAGCGUGUCUGAAUCCACGCUCAGCUUCGUGGAGAUGUUGCUUCCGGUCGCAUUGGGGCUUCUGAAGGGCCUGGAUCCUGCAAAGGGAGACGCUCACCUCAGCAAACACUGCCACCGCAUCACACACGUCUGCACCCUGCUGCUCACCCUCUGCUGCCAGGAUCACACCAGAUCUCUGGUGUCCUCUCAGGUGAGCGCUCAGCUCUGCCUCUCGCAGGUAGAAACUCUCCUCUCCUGUUGCCAUAGCAACGGCCCCCUGACUUGCCUGCCUCCCGUCUCCGGUAGCAACUUCAGCCAGUUGUGUGCAGAAGCUCUGCUGAAGGUUCUGGAGCUGAUGAGCCGCCUGAGGCAGCAGGUGAAGGACAUGGAGACGAGCUUCUACAGGAUGCUGCAGGACCAGAGGACGGUGACCCCCCUGUCUCUGGCUCUGACCUCACACCACAGGGAGCGCGUGCAGACCGGACUCGCCCUGCUGCUGGAAGCCACGCCCCUUCCAGACUUCCCAGCACUGCUCCUGGGGGAAAGCAUCGCCGCCAACAACGCAUACCGCCAGAGGGAGGCGGAGCUGUCGGCGAAGCGCCUCGCCGUGCAGGAAGUCCCGCCUCCCUGCAUGAACACCAGCGUGAUGGAUGCCUCCAGCAGCAACAAGAGCGUGAGCAAUCUGGUGGAGAAGCUGCAGACCGGCAUGGAGCUGCAGGAACUGACGAAAGACUCACCUCUGUCUGAGAUCAUCGAUGUUUAUGAGCAGAAACUGGCUGGGUUUGCUUCCAAGGAGAGCCGCCUGCAGGACCUGCUGGAGGCCAAAGCUCUGGCUCUCUCUCAGGCCGACCGGCUGAUCGCUCAGUACCGACUGCAGAGAGCUCAAGCUGAGGCAGAGGCGCGGAAGCUGGCCUGCCUGCUGAAGGACGCGGAGCGCCGGCGGGAGGAUCUGCAGGGCGAGCUGGGGAACCAGGUUCUGGAGGUGGAGCGCUCCAGAGCCGACAUGGAGGAGCUGCUGCAGCACAACGCUCGGCUGCAGAGGGACUCUGAGGAGCACCAGACUCUGAAAGGAGCUUACAAUGCUCUGCUCAACAGGUUUAAUGAAACGGAGCGUUUGCUGAAGGAGCUGCAGGCGGCCCACAUUUCUCUGAGCAAACAGAGCGACACGCUGAGGAAGAACCACGAAGCUCUGCAGCUGCACAAAGACAGAAUCACAUCAGAGCUGCAGGAGAGAGAGGCGGAGGUCAAAUCCCUCCAGCUGGAAGUAGAGAAGAAGAACAGCGACGUUGCAGGUCUGCAUGCAAACCUGCGGUCCAAAGAGGAGACGCUGAGGGAAAAGGACCAGGAGAGGAGAGAGCUGGAGGAGACGGUGGACGUUCUCAGGAAGGAGCUGAACAAAACGGAGCAAGCCAAGGACGUUAGCAUCAAGGCGUCGUCUCUGGAGCUGCAGAAGAGCCAACUGGAGAGCAAGUUAAAGCAGAAAGAAGACGAGCUGAACAAGCACUCGGCCAUGAUCGCCAUGAUCCACAGCCUGAGCAGCGGGAAGCUGAAGAGCGACGUCAACCUGUCGCUCUGACCACAGCGCCUCCACCAGGACGGGAGAGGAGCGACACUUAUGAACUCAAAGCUCAUUCUAAACAUUAAUUCACUUUAGACUCAAUAAAACACAUGAAUUAAUAUCUUUUUUUCUGAACUUAUACUGAACUUUUUAUAUGUUUCUUGUUUGUUUUUAUUGUUUAUAUUUGUAUGUAAAUGCAGUCAAUAAAUUAAU